GGUCCUUCCCAGACUCACUGGAGCCUUGUUGUAACAGCCUCAUUGAGACUGAAUGCGACGCCUUAAUUACUCCAGUUGUGAAAACUAAAAGAGGGGAUGGUGGGAGGGCAGGGAGGAUGUAGCUUUGAUCUUCAUGCCGGGUGAGGUGGAGAUGUGCUGGGCUGCCCCUAUAAAUACACCAGGUUUGUGUAGAAACUCUGCCAGCACCACUGACCGGCUACUUCUCCUGCACUUUCCUGCACAUUUCACUUCUGAAAAGGAUUUACUGGUGGGACAAUGAGAGGACAUUUCUCUAUUGAGUGGAUGGCCCAGAGCAGCCAGUCGGCAGGAUCAGAGACCCCCACCAUCGCUGCCUCCGGACCUGCAGCCUGGGGGACUCAUUCAGAGAGCCUCCCUGGCUUCUACUGCAGACCCAAGACAGAAAAUGUUCCUGAGCAGCAGCAGCAGCAGCAGCAGCAGCAGCAGCAGCAGCAGCAGCAGCAGCAGCAGCUGCAGAGUCAUGAAGCCCACAGCCAGAACUGCGUGCAGCAGCAGACCUGCACCAGUAACCAAGCACUGACUGAGGCUGACUUCAGCAGCGGGACAGAGGAAGAGACGUCUGGGUAUGAGAGUGAGGGAGGUCAGUCCUUGUCUCCCCCCUCCGACUGCCCCUCCACGUCCCCCCCAUUCCCCCCGGUGGGGAGGAGGCCUCGGACAGCGUUCACUGCAGAGCAGAUCAGCAUCCUGGAGAGGGCCUUCAAGAGGAACGCCUACCUGGGAACACAGGACAAGGCCGAGCUGUGCAAGAAGCUCAACCUGUCGGACAAACAGAUCAGAAACUGGUUCCAGAACCGGCGGAUGAAGCUGAAGAGGACGGUGCAGGAUGCUCUGGCUCACGCCUGUCAGGCCAAUGUGGCCUCUCAGUUCAUGCAUUACCAUGAGCUCCAGGCCUACAGGCCAGGUCCCUACACCAGAUACCACUCGACAGCGGGGCCAGCGAGGGCCCCUGAAGGCCCCAUCGCUGCUGCCUCAAUCUCCCAUCCACACAGCCUGCAGUACAGCUCAGCUCUGCCUCUGGAUGCCUUCUACCAGUACAGCAGCCUCCCAGGAGUCAUGCUGCCCUCAGCCACAUCACAGCUCAGAGGAUCCUACACGACGUAUCCUCAGUAUUACUGAUCAGCCACUGAUGAAGACCAGCCUCAAUACUGUGUUCUGCUGUUACCAAAGGAGAUCUCAUUGUCUUGAACUCAUCUUGUCCUGAUAGGAUCAAUGGAAACAGAAGGUUUAUAUGAAAUGCAGCUCAGUUACUGCUUUGAAACUUGAAUCUGUCAUUAAUCAAACAGGGUGGUGUGCAAUAAUGUGAUUGUUUGUAUCUCUGCUUGUACCUGAUGUAUAGUUUGGAAAUAUUUAAUUUGAGUCUAUGAAGGUUUAUCAGAUUUUUGAUGUUAUGUCACUGUAAAAUGAGAUUGAAAUAAAAAAUUAAUCCUAA